AUGGCGGACAUUAAAGGAAAAGGAAUCUUGUAUGAGGAUGAUGAUGCACCGAUUAAGCUUACGGAUCAAGAUGAUUCUCACGUCACAAAGGAGUAUCAUCUAUCUCUGAUUGGUAAAGUCCUCAAUCCGAAGAAACAAAACGUGGAGAAGCUCCUACAGACAGUGCCAACACAGUGGGGAGUGCAAGAACGAGUUACUGCUAAUGACUUGGGGAAUGGGAAGUUUUUAAUAAACUUUACAUCAGAGGAGGAUCUAAAAUCUGUACUGGAAAAGGGUCCAUUCCACUUUAAUUACUGCAUGUUUGUCUUGGUUCGAUGGGAACCCAUUGUCCACGAUGACUAUCCCUGGAUAAUUCCCUUUUGGGUUGAGGUGGUUGGGAUCCCUCUACACUUGUGGACGGUUACAAACAUGAAGAGUAUUGGUGGACGGCUUGGUAUGUUAAUGAGGAUACUAUUGAGCUCUCAGCAGGUAGAAUGCUUAUUGAUGUCGACUCAAGACGACCUCUGA